AAUCCUGCAGAGAACAGCGUUCAGAGCGGAUGCAGCACAGAGAAGAGGCAAAGCCAGGAGCAACGUCUGCAUGGAUGAGUGUCUAUCAUGAAUGUCUGGAUGGCUGUUUUCACCAUCAUGCUGCAGAAAGAGGGCUGUGCUCUAAUGGGGACUGGGGCUCAAACCAAAGUGGAUCAGCUCAGUCCUUAACCAGAGACACAUCUAGGGAGGAUGAUGAGUACAGUUUUCAUCCUGACACUUAUGAAGAGGAACUUGAGCCUCCACUGCCGUUGAGAUCAGAUGAUGAAUGGCAACAUUACAGCCCCUUUGUUCCUCCACAGCACUACCUGCACCAGUACGAUGUCGAUCGUGCCGCAGAUGUCAGGUGUUUUUAUUCUCCAGGAGAAGGACAGUACAACCUGAACCCAGUCAACACAUGUCCACCUCAUCCAUAUCCCCACACUGGGCCCUGUCAGCACAGAAGUACCUGGCCUCAUCCUCAAAACUGGCUCCCACCUCAUGACCACAUAAUGAAGAGCAGCAUUCCUCCGAGCAGCGUCUCGGUCAACGUACCACAGUUCUCCGUCCCUCAUGUGGAGGGUGUGUCAAAGGUCAACGUGAUGAACCUAAACUCAGCCAGUGCAGCGGCAUCUAUUUCACAUCCACACGAGAAAAGGAGAACCAUCAGUCUGCCCGAUGAGUGCAGAAAUGUUUUUAUCACCUAUUCUUCAGACACAUCCUCAGAGAUGAUCCCCUUUGUAGAGUUCCUCAGGAAACAAGGAUUUCGACCAGCUAUUGACAUAUUUGACAGCCCAAUCAGAUCCAUGGACAUCAACAAAUGGAAGGAUAGUUACCUUAAAGAUCAGUCUACUCUGAUCAUCAUUGCCAUCAGUCCUAAAUAUAAAGCAGACAUUGAGGGAUCUGUAGUUGACAGCCACGGUCUUCACACCAAAUAUAUUCACUCUAUGAUGCAAACUGAGUUCAUCCAGCAAGGCAGCUUGAAUUUCAGAUUCAUCCCCGUUCUCUUCCCUAAUGCAUCCCAGAUCCAUGUGCCCACAUGGCUUCAGAAUACGCGUGUUUACCGCUGGCCUCAGAACACGGAGGACCUGUUACUGCGACUGCUGAGGGAGGAGAGGUAUGUCGCCCCCCCCUGUCCCCAUGGAGCUCACCCUCAUCAUCAAACCAGUGGCCCUCUGCACUUCCACCACCAUGUAGAAAACAACCUGAUGUUUCUAUGUGACGCUCAACCUGAGGAUCAAUGGGCCAAGAAACAAGAAUCUGAAAUGGAAAUGGAAUAA